AGCAGUGCAUCUCAGCCGAGGGGUUUGGAGGUACCCGAGCCGGAGUCGGGUGGCUCUCUGAGGAUUGGGAGCAGCUGUAUGGUGCUGUUAGCACUGAGAAAGUCCCCCUUUGCUUCUUGUAAAUUAAGUUCCUUGUCACCAGUUAGGGCAAGUCAGCCAAGAGUUGCUGUAUUGAGGAAUAUGAAGCCACUGGGCAGAAACCAGGCCACUGACUUCUAGUUGCAUGAGCUGGGCAAAUUCACAUGUAGGUUACAGAAGCAGCAGGUGGUGAACCUUCAAGAACUGAGCCUCAGUUGCCAGAAUUUGUUGAUGGAUUGACAUAUCCCAUAUCACCAAAAUACAGGUAGAAGAUGGUUGGAUGUGGAUACCCACUGUGAAGACUUAGAAUCGGAAACCUACAACUUCAUUUUUUUAAUACCAUUUCAGGAUGUAAAUAUGGUUUGACCUUUCCCCAGUGGGCAGUUAAACCAUGGACAAGCUAAAAAACUCACUUUGGACUGUUUUUCCAAACAAAGCUUCACCUUCUUCCUUCAGUGCCCAAUAAGGGAUUACAAUUGAUAAGGGAAAGAAAGAAAAUCAUUGAACUGGAAAGUUAUCUUACAAUGAGAAUUACGAGUACAUCUUGCAUCUGCCCAGUCCUAGUUUGUCUCUGUUUUGUGCAGAGGUGCUAUGGGGCUGCUCAUCACAGCUCCAUUAAGGUGACCAGAAAUCAAACCAAACACAUAGAGGGUGAAACAGAAGUCCACCAUCGCCCCAAACGUGGAUGGGUGUGGAACCAAUUCUUCGUUUUAGAAGAACACAUGGGACCAGAUCCUCAAUAUGUGGGAAAACUGCACUCCAAUUCUGACAAAGGUGAUGGAUCAGUCAAAUAUAUCCUUACUGGAGAAGGGGCUGGGACAAUAUUUAUCAUUGAUGACACCACAGGAGACAUUCAUUCAACCAAAAGUCUAGAUCGAGAGCAGAAGACUCACUAUGUCCUGCAUGCCCAGGCAAUUGAUAGAUGGACAAACAAGCCUCUUGAACCUGAAUCUGAAUUUAUUAUCAAAGUACAAGACAUCAAUGACAAUGCACCCAAAUUUACAGAUGGACCAUACAUCGUAACUGUGCCAGAAAUGUCUGACAUGGGUACCUCUGUUCUACAGGUGACAGCUACAGAUGCAGAUGACCCAACCUAUGGAAACAGUGCUCGAGUGGUGUAUAGUAUUCUUCAAGGACAGCCAUACUUCUCUGUUGAUCCCAAAACAGAUAACUCUGUUAAGCAUGAAGAAAGGAAAGGGCUGUGGCUGUCAAUGGGGGAAGUUUUGAGUGAAGUGAGAAAAAAAUUUGGCCCUCCUAAUACCAAAACGCCAG